AUGCUCGACAGGUUCCGGCGGAACACGUCCAAGAAGAGCACGGCGAGUAUGGAGUCCAAGGAAGAGGAGAAGACCAAAGGCAGUUCAGCCUCCUCCCCAAGGACUUCCAGGGAUGUGGAUCAUGCUUGGCAACUGGAGGAUGAGAAGGACGAGGAAGUGCGGCAGGUUCGAGCUUCCAGCCCUGGACUCGCAGCCUCCCCACAGUCGGCAGGCACCUCUUCGAAGGAGUGCAGCGACCUCUUGGGUGUGAAGGGCGGAUGGUGGCGCCAUCCGAUUCGAGCCAUGUGGCGCCUUGUCCUCACCUCGGCCUUGGCCACAGCAGAUGUCGCUCUGCGGGGCGGCGGGCUCCCAAGCUGCACAGGGAAACCCAACUUCCAACUAGCGCAGACCGCCUGGUGCGGCCAACAAGUGGAACCGGUGGCCUGUUACAAGGAGCACACCAAUGCCAAUCCCAUUUGGGAUUGCCACUUGUCUGCCGACGGCUGGUGCACCAUUGGCGGCAUUGCUUGCGCAUGGCCCGGUGACACCGGUAAGCCUGUGCUGCCGCCGCUGCCGCCACCGCGGCCGCCGGUCGUGCCAGGGGAAGCAACGCGCUUUGUAACCUGGAACCUUUACGUCUUCACCUUGGCUGGAAGGAUAAAUCCCGUGGUGGAUGAGCUCAUGCGGAUGCAGCCCGAGAUCGCAGCCAUUCCAGAGAUGUGGAGUGAAAAGGACGCCAUUUUGGCACGUCUCAACCAAGUCUCAGGCAACGUGUAUGCCUUUGCCACCGGUGGGGCCACUGAACAGUUCAACGACGCUGACAUCCUCUUCCGGUCCGACAAAUGGGAGCACAUCGAUAGCAACCUAGUGCCGUUCUCUGCAGGGCGUGCAGUGAACUGGGCAGUGCUGCGGCGCAAGGCGGAUGGAUACACCCUCAUCGCAGCAGGUACCCAUCCGUUGUGCUGCCGUGGGGACUACGUCAUCAUGGAGGCCGUGGACUUUGUGACGCGGACGCUGAGCGAGGUACAGAAGCGGCAUCCGUAUCCCAUCGUGCUGAUGGGUGACUUGAACACUGGCUACUACCAGCCCUCCCAGAAGCUCUUGCGCACCGGCGCCGUCGAGGCUUAUGGCCGCCACUGGGAGGUGCCCAUGACCUUCGUGGACGCUUGGGCACAGCUGCACCCCGAGGAUCCCGACCCUUCGACCAUCAACGACGAUCCAGUGCGCCUGGACUAUGUCUACUUUCAGAAGACGCCUUUGACGGUGGGACACUCACUGGUUCAGUCGCAGAUUUGGCCUCGCGCAGCCGGAUCAGAUCACCGUGCAGUCUCUGGAGAUCUGGAUCAGAUCAACUUGACGGCCGGCCAAGCGGAGCUCUUGGAACACCACCUGGAACGGCUCUCCUCGUAUGCGCAAAAGAUCGUGCAUACCUUGGCCUUCGCCACGCGGUUCCUUCCCCAGGACCGGAGCGAAGGUGACAGAGAAGCUCACGAGGUCGAGGUGAGGAGUGAAGUGUCCAGAGGAGGUGCUUCCGAUCCACGUCCCCGGCACGACGUGGACGUGAAGGUGGCAGCGGCCCCCAAGCGGUCCACCUUGCGCUUGAAGGACCGAGAGCUGUUGCAGAUCUACCGCGGCGCACAGAUGGAGGCAUGUCUUGAAGCCGACUGGCGUGGCUUGGUCACACCGCGCACCACCGCUCGAAGCGACAUGAGCCUCUACAGCGACAGCUCCACACGGCCGGAGUCUCUCACAGGUGACGACCGCGCGCGAGUGCUGCGGACCUUGUCGGAGGCCAUGCGCGCGCCCGGGCGGACGCCCUCGGUGCUGGCGGCGGAGAUCGCCCGGGACUCCGUGCCAGCCUUGCGCGGCGUCGACCGAUUUGCCUCUCGUGCCUUGAACGAGCUGCCGAGCUGCGAGGGGAAGCCGAACUUCCAACGCGCCCGAGGCUCAUGGUGUGGGCAGCAGCUUGAGCCGGUUGCAUGCUUUAAGGAGGAGAGCAACGCGAAUCCCAUUUGGGAUUGCCACUUGCAGCUGGAUGCAUCCUGCUCCUUUGGCGCCUCCAAAUGUGCUUGGCCCCUUGGGAUUGAUGCCGAAGGAGGCGCAGCUGUGGCGCCAGCGAGGCAGACAUCAGGCUCGAGCGUGGGAGAGCCGACCCGCUUUGUCACCUGGAACUUGUAUGUCUUCACCUUGGCCGGGCGCAUCCAGCCCGUGGUGGACGAGCUCAUGCGCAUGCAGCCUGAGAUCGCGGCGAUUCCGGAGAUGUGGCACGAGAAGCACGCGAUCUUGGAGCGCUUGAACCAGGUCUCAGGGAACAAGUAUGCAUUCGCCACAGGUGGUGCCACUGAGCAGUUCAACGACGCGGACAUCCUGUUCCGCGCUGACAAGUGGGAGCACCUGCAAUCCGACCUGGUGCCCUUCUCCGCCGGCCGCGCCGUGAACUGGGCGGCGCUGCGCCGGAAGUCCGAUGGGAAAACCCUUUUGGCCGCAGGUACGCACCCACUCUGCUGCCAGGGUGACUAUGUGGUCAUGGAAGCCGUAGACUUUGUAAUUCGCACCCUGGGCGACGUGCAGAAGCGUCAUCCGUAUCCGAUUGUCCUCAUGGGCGAUUUGAACACCGGCUACUUCCAGCCCUCUCAGCAGCUCCUGAGGCAUGGACAUAUGGAUGCCUUUGGUCGACACUGGCAGAUUCCCAUGACUUUCACUGAUGCCUGGGCAGAGCUUCACCCGGGGAACCCGGACCCCUCCACCAUCAACAACGACCCGGUGCGCUUGGACUACGUCUACUUCCAGAAGACGCCUUUGCCCGUGGGCGAUGCCAUCGUCCAGUCGCAGAUUUGGCCUCGGGCCGCCGGAUCCGAUCACCGCGCCGUGAGCGGCGACGUGGUCCUCCGCUGA